UCGCACCAAGUCACAGGACUUCAAACAGCCUUUCGUUCACGACGCGUUUUGCCUUAGCCUCUUCAGCCUUUGCGACUACCAACAUGAUGAAAUCUGUCGGUCUUUUCCUUCUUCUCACAGCAACCUUUGCCUACUCCGGUGUUGACGGUGCAAAUGCGUGUGCAACGGCCCUCGACGGCAAGUUGAUUGGCGCAGGCCUGAAUGCUGCCUACACCGCUUGCAGGUCGGAUCCAGUGGCAUUUGCCGCCUUGAAAGCCACCGCAGCUAUUCCUGUCUGCGCGAGAUACGUGUUCACUGUCGGCGAUCGCAAGUGCGAAGUAGCCGGAGCUCCCUUCAUGAAAUGUGUAGCGGGAAAACUUGGUUACUUGAAGGCUGAUGGGUCCAUCGACAACAAGAAGGUCUUAGACCAGUUCAAGACUUGGGCCACCAGUAACCCUAAGUGCAGCGUUGCUCAGUACAACUUCGCUGCGAGUAAAUGUGGCUCUACCAUCGACAACUACGCGUUCGUGGCGAAGUCCGCAUGCAUCAUCAAUGCGACGUACCAGUACACUGGGUGACCUGCGCAACCUGGUCAUCAUUCCUUCAUCUGAUUGCCGGCUUUGAAGUGUUCACAACAGGUGAACAAUAUUAUUAGGGGACCAAUUUCUCCAGUUAAUGCAUCCACGUGAUGUAAAAAUUGUCUAAUUGGAAAUAUAUUGUAAUUUGUGAACAGUCAAAUUCAAUAAAAUUUUGUUUAAAAUC